GGUUCUGACAAAUAAUAUACAUAAUGAACAUAUAUAUUCAAUAAAAGGCACUUACAGAAUGAAAAUGCAGUUAUUAGUUGUCCUAAUAUUACAGUGUUCUACUCCCAAUGGUUGGUGCCAGUCUCCGGCUGUUUGAGUAAACAUGGCGGCCCGUUGCUUAGUACAAAUUGUUAUAUGAUUACAACCUUAAUUUCCCAAGCGCUUUAUUGAUUUCAUUGUUUUAUCGUAUUUAUUUGUGCGCUUCUUGUAUUUAUAUAAUACACACACCCCGAUAAAUAUGUCGGAUUCGGAGGAAGAGACUCAGGAGCGGCAGCUGAAGAUGGUGUUAAUCGGAGACGGAGCUUCGGGAAAGACAUCAGUCGCCACUCGUUUUGCGCAGGAAGCUUUUGGGAAGCAGUACAAACAGACAAUAGGGCUUGAUUUCUUCCUCAAGAGAAUCACACUGCCAGGGAACCUGAACGUGACUCUGCAGGUGUGGGACAUUGGAGGACAAACGAUUGGUGGGAGCAUGCUGGAUAAAUACAUCUACGGCGCUCAUGGUGUCUUACUGGUGUAUGACAUCACCAACUCUCAGAGUUUUGAGAAUUUGGAAGACUGGUAUGGUGCGGUGAAAAAGGCAAAUGAGGAGUCAGACACACAACCUGUUAUAGCACUGGUGGGCAACAAGAGCUAUAAGAAACUGAAUGCAACAACUUUUCUGACCUGUGUGUGUGUGUGUCUAGUUGAUCUAGAGCACAUGAGGACGGUAAAAGUGGAUAAACACCAGCGUUUCUGCCAGGAGAACGGCAUCAUCAGCCAAUUCGUAUCAGCCAAGACUGGAGACUCGGUUUUCCUCUGUUUUCAGAGAGUGGCAGCUGAGAUUCUGGGAAUAAAACUGAACAAAGCAGAAAUAGAACAGUCCCAGAGGAUCGUUCGAGCUGAGCUGGUGGAUUAUUCUCAAGAUGAGGCACCAGUUAAUCACGGGACCAAUCAGAGCAAGAUCUGCUCUGUUCAAUAACACAACAAGGGUUGUGAAGGCUGACAUAGUAAACUACAGUCAGGAAUUGGUGGCUCGGACAGUCAACGCUCCACGCAGCUCCAUGUGUGUUAUACAGUGAUUGACACAACACCAUCUCUCUCUCUCGCUCUCUCUCUCUCUCUCUCUCUCUCUCUCUCUGUUUAUUAAGAGACUGCAACCAGCAAAGAGCAACACACACACACAUUUAUCCCUUUGUUCUCUUGUAUAGGGUGUGUGUGUAGAUCUACAGCAGUAGAUUCCAGCAUUCUUCAUUUGUAAAUGCCAGUUUCCUAAUAUGUAUGUGCUGUAAUAAUAAAAGUGUUUAGGGAAUGUUAAGGUGUGCGUGUGUGUGCGGAUGUGUGAAACUGAACCAUGCGACCCGUUCACGCAUUCUUUUUUUUUUUUUUUUUUUUUUUUUUUGCCAAUUUAAGAUGGAUGUAUGAGUAGAUCUUCACACUGUUUCAUGAAAAAAGGAGUGUGAGGUGAUGACACUGGCUGCGUCCCAAAUGUUCAUGUUUGAUUCUUAUCAGAAUCCAUUCGAACAUAUCUGGGUUUAGUUUGACACGUUACCUAAGUAUUGCAGUCUGCCAGCUACGAGCUAUUCAACUAUUUAGUGGUUAGAGUGUGAUUAAUGACCUCCAGUUGUGUUACAGGGAACAAGUUAAUACUUUCACAUAAUGAAAGAAAUGACGCUAAUGAUGAGGUGAGAACUCUUAAGAUUGUCCUGACACUCGGUAGUUCGUCACACAAAGUCAGAAUGGAUACACUGACAAUGAUGAAGUCGAGCAGCUUGCUAAACCAGAAAACUAAAUAGUACAAGCUGAAAAGCUAAACUGCAGUACAUUAUUGAUGACGAGGUCAUUAGUAGAGUAUUAUAUCAGAAAAUUCUGAAUUUCCAACUAUGAGUAAUGACAAAUACGUGAAGGUUUGUUUUUAAAGCUGGCAACUUAUGACUGUAAUUCCAAUACCACAUAGAUGCACUAUAACUAUUUAAUUAAACAGUCAUGCAGAUCUUACAUUUGUGAACCAACCUGAAGCCAUUUCUUGAUUUAACACCGUCAUACUCCUGCAGUGAAUUAUGGGUAAAGCACAUGGUCCACCAGCCAUCAAGAAAAACUAUAACCAUAUGAACAAUCUAACAUAAAGUAACUUUUAUCCAGUUUUAUUGAAUGGGUUUUUUAAAUGGCAGAUGAUGGUUAUAAAUGGAUAUAAAAAAUUAAAAUUAUCAAUGUAAAUUAUCAAUACGAGAAGGCAGCUAGAUUCAUAUAUGUAUACUCAGUGCUGGAUUUCUGAGAGCUUCAACUGUGUGUGUGUGUGUGUGUGUGUGUGUAGUGCUUUAAAAGAUUUUUUGUGAACCAAAUAGCAAUGAGGCUGAAGUGUUCAUCACUAGCCGACUUUUAUUUUACUAAGUCUAAGUGUGACUUUUCAUUUCCAAACUACAAAAUAUAAUACAAAUAUCUAUAAAGGAGGGACUUUUAUUUUUCCAACUACAAAAUCUAUUACAGUGAUGACUUUUUGUUACAAAAGUUGAAAAUGUUCUAUCUAGUUGGAAAUUUUACUUUUAUAAGCUUUAAUAAUAUAGACAGAACCAUUUUUUUUGUUUGUUUGUUUUAGUUUUUUUAGUUUUCAUGUAUAAACUGUGUUCAUAAAAUGAGGACUUAGGUUUACACACUGGAAACGUAUCUCACAGUCAAUUUUAUGUUUGUUUUUAUGUUCACUGGUAAAAAUCUACUAGUAUAAAAAACCCCAGACAUCUACAAUUUUCUGUAAUCAACAAUAUCAGUUGUAAAAAAAAAAAAAUGUUCACACAUCAUUCAUCACGGACUUUUAAUUUACAAGCUAAUCGAUCUGUAAACCAAUAUUUUUUAAACAAAUUUGCAAGAAUGUCUAUAUUAUUAAAUUGCAAUUCAUUUCUUAUAAUUUCCAAACUUAUAUAAACUAAUAAUGUCUACAAAUCACCUUGUCUCGUAUGUUACGUAGCUGUGUAUAUUACAUAAUUAUAUAAACUAUACGAAAUGUCCAUCAAUUCACAGCAUUUAUUUUUAUAAACUGUACUAAUGUUCAUAAAGCAAAUAUUAUGUGCAAACCAAGACUGUCAAUCAGCAACAGGUUUCUAUCAAUCUACAAACUUACAGCAAUUUCUAAUUUUUAUUUACAAACCAAAAAACAUUCCACUAAUUUGUGAUUUAUAUUUUUAUUUUUAUUCACUUUUUUUUAUUUUACACACAACACUGUAUCUAUCAACUAAGGACAUUUCCAAACUGGAAAAGUCUCACUCUUUUUAACUUUACAUUGUACUCAAAUAAAUUAGUUUUUUUCUUUCUUUUUUUUUUGUAUUAAGUAUUUCUACAUUGCAGUAUAUACAUGGACCCUGUGAUAUAAUGCUGAUUAUGUCAGAUUAUUUGUGUUGUGUUUCAAAUUUAUACAUUUCUUUAAGUGGGAUAUGACAAAUAUAAAGUGGUAAACGAAUCUGAGAGAUUUUGUCCUGUGCUGAAAAUAUACUGUAUAUUUAGCCAAGUCGACUAUGUUGUUUUGUGAGCGUUAUUAAAGUGUUAAAUCACA